AUGGACAAACUGUGGACGUGCGACGAUCACAUCAAUCUGCUCGGCUGCGGUGGCACGGCCGUUAACAUCGAGACGAUAGACGACGUGUUCCGGCCGUUUGAGCUGGCCAUCGAGUCACUCGCGCACUGGUUCAUCUGCCCGCUGCGCGGCAACGCGCUGAACCCUCUCCAUCUGCUGCUGAGCUUGGACGGCACGACCACCGGAUCGAGUUUUUUUCUGGACCAGUCGGCUAGACCUGCGCCGGAGAGAUGGUUGAAAAUAGUCGCUCGCCUGCGUCUAGUUUACAUCUCUACCGAGGCCUCCAGCGACGCUCUCAAGGACUUCGUCCAGUGCGUGUCGCUCUGGGGCGUGUGGUGCCGCACCACGGCCCAGUUCGUCAGUGAGACGUCCGUGGUGGGCGUCAACAACGCUGGCAGGACGGCGAAUCCAUUCCGCCGCUUCUUCUGGUGCUGCCUGUUUCUGGCCGGCCUGGCCGUCACGCUCAACGACGUCACCAACUUGCUGAAGAAAUAUUUUCAGUACCCAGUCACCACCGACUUCACCAUCGAUUACCAGGACAGCGUCACGUUUCCGGCCGUCACCAUCUGCAACCAAAACAGCGUCAUGUGCAGCAAGCUACUCCACAGGUUGUUCGAGCUCCCGGACAGCGCUCCUCUGCAGAAGGUCAUCACGCUUUCCUCCUGCAUGGACACCCUGGAAAUUGGCUGCUUGGUACUGCACACGCUCGUCUACCUUUAUGAAUUUAUACCAGACUUCAUCCGGGACUCCCCUUGUUACGCCAACACGAUUGAAAAUUGCUGCCAGCUGGAGCAGUCUGCCGCCGCAGCAAUACUGAACAGCAGUGUUGUGAUGCGGUUGCUCGACUGCGAGUGCCCGAGUCAGGAUUACAAGGUGGACGCCGAUCAGGAGGCAGAGCAGAGUCAAGACUACAAGACCGACGCCGAUCAGGAGGUAGCGUCGAGUCAAGAUUACGAGACCGGGGCCGGUCAGGAGACGGCGUCGAGUCAGGAGUACGAGGCCGGCGCCGAUCAGGAGGCGGCGCCGAAGGGGCAGGCGCGCAGGAGACGGAACGCCCUGGACCUCGCUGCGUCGUUUCCAACAGAAUGGAGAACGCUGAAGGCCGCCAUGGUUGAGCGAUCGGCGCGCCGGCGGCGUGAAGCACCCUACUCUGAUGCAUCCUACACCGAAGCAUCCUACACUGAUGCUGGCGACAUCAAUUGGUUCGACACGGGAAUGGGCCAAGAUGAGAUCUACGACAGCGAUAUGGAUUUUUACGCCAGUUUCAUGAACCUGACAGAAGACAUUCGCAAAUCGGUGGGACAACCCUUCGAGGAGUUCAUCAGGUCCUGCAGCUACAACGGAAGAGAUUGCCUUAAUAAAGACUUCUUCAGACAGAUCAGCACAGCGUCGUACGGCAACUGCUACGUCUUCAACGGCAACAUCUCCGGCACUGCAGAUAGGGCAGCAGGGCAUCGCAACACAACGCUGACAGGGGCGAAUUACGGCCUCAAGUUGGUGCUUUAUCUGGACGCGAGCGACUACAUGCGGUCGACGGUAUCCCAGACGGUAGGCGCCCGCGUCACCAUACACAGCAGCGACGUGUUCCCGCUGGUGGACGAGGCGGGUAUGGACAUCGCACCGGCCAGUGUCAACUCUAUCUCACUGAAGGAGACUCGGAUCAUCCGCCAGGAGCAUCCGUACCAGUCCAACUGCUACCGCCGAUGGUCGCAAGUGGAGGUGGAGCCCGUCAUGUUUGACGAGGAAACCGGCGCCAGCAGCCCCACUGGGGAGCGCUUCACCCUCCCCGGGUGCCACCGGAUCUGCCUGCAGCUGCAGAUAGUGCGCGCGUGCGGCUGCCACCACACCCUGUACCCGCUGACAUUCACCGCGAAGGGCAGGCGGCAGGCCAUAGGAGAGGCGUGCGACCUCAGCUAUAACUCACUGGACAACAACUGCACGGAAGCGGUAGUGAAUAGUAUGAGCACAGACGCCAGCUCUACGGACUGUGGAUGUUCGGCCUCCUGCGAUGAACGGGAUCAUCAGCCGCAGUUGUCCGUCGCCUCGUGGCCACAGGGCAACUUCCUCACCUCAAUUCUUGAGAGGAUCGCCUUCGCGUCCACCAGCGACAGCCUGAGCGAAGAGGCAAUGUUGCAGUGGGCGCUCCAGUUCUCGAAGCUGAACGUCUACUACCGAGACAUCAGCAGUGAUGUUAUCGAGGAGAGUCCGAUCUAUACGUACACCACUUUGAUCGGCAGUCUGGGUGGUGCUCUUUCUCUCUACCUCGGCAUUGCACUGAUCCUGCUGGUAGAAAUACUGGAGUACCUAUUCUUCAUGGCCGUCAACACGCUCCUGUUUAUGUGCGGACGCCGUGAGGACACGGGGCAGAAAAAUAGCACAGGCAAGUGA